UUUUCCGCGUGAGAAUUUCAUCAGCAAUCUGCUUUCCGGGAUUAGUUUCCAUUAACCCAUUGGACAGUGCGUGGUGUGCGCAUUCUGCAUGGACGUGUCCCAAUCUGAACGGGGUUGGGGUUGCAGAGGAAUAGGAGUGUCCGCGCUGUGUGGUGGGAAGGGAGGCAGCGGCACAGCAGUCGGGUGCAGCGCGGCACAGCGAAGGAACGUGCGUAACGAAGGGACGCGCUGAUUGACAGUCGGAGGGACGGAGCGCCCCGCACGGCACACAGGAGGACCACGCUAAUCUUUUCCCUGUGCACGCGGCUUGUCAACGGCAUCUCUGUGAAAUACCAGCCAGAGCAGCCCGGUGCAAAUAAAGAAGGCUCCAUCCGCGCCCCCCCGCCCCUCUCCGGGCGCGGUAUUGUAAGACUUCUGCUAACUGGACACGGUCCGCGCUGACUUGGCGUCUCCAAGUGCCCAGGAAACGGGAGUGGAUGGACAGAAAGGUUUCGCCGCACUUUCCAAGCUGAGUCCAAGAAGAUUUUCCUGGUUUCUUUUUCUGGAGUAAAAGGAGUGCGACUUGCCUUCAGGAUCAUUUUGUGGUUCUUUUUUUUUUUAAUUUAUUUUUAAUCUAACGUAACUGUGACGCGUUUGUCAGUCAAGUUACAAGCCCUGGAUCCUCCGAACACCCCAAUCUUUCUAAUUGGAAUAACAACAAGAUAAUCGGGAGAAUCACGCGGGGGGGGGGGGGGAUUUUUGGUGCGUAAUUUGUGCGGUCUCUGCGGUUGCUGCUUCCGCAGAAGUAGUUGCGCCUCAUUUUCUUUUUCGACGUGAAAUAGCGCAUCCCGCCGCCAACCCAUGGAGUAGGCUAAAACACAAAUAAAGACCUGAAAAGCGGGGGUGGGGAGGAGGAGGGGGGGUAUUCUCUGUCGAUCGGAUGGGCAGAUUCUCCGUAGUGUGGUAAAUGACCAAUGGGGAAUCAUGAACAGCUCUUCUGAACUCGAAGACGGGACUCGGCAUAAAAACCAGACAUUCUGUGAGUGUGUGCCCAGCUCCUCCCAGCUCAAACAUCGCUGGUCAGACUCAGAAACUGCCAGAGAGACUCCGGCCAAGAGGAUGAGCUGCAGCUACCUGCUUUGCACCAUCCUGCUCUUCGUGGCCGUCUUGUUGGCCGUCACUGUGACCGGCACCAUCCUUUUUAUGAAUCACUACCAGGCCCCGCCCAUGUCCGACGGCCUACCGCACAUCUCCACCAAUCAGGACGAAGCCAACGCGCUGGUCACCGUGGAGAGAGGCGACGGCUCUCGUAUCAACAUCUUCAUCGACCCCAACUGCCCCGACUACAACAGUAACUUUCUGCGCCUGGAGGGCGUCCAGACGUCCCUGCUGCACUCGCUCACCGACCACGACUCCGACCUGAAGUCCGUGAAAGGCCAGGAUCGGGCGCUUCUCGUCAGUCUGGCCGAGGAGGUGGCCAAGCUGUCGGCCCACGCGGGGCAACUGAAAAUGGACUACGAAUCGUUACGCAGGGGGCAAGGCAGCCUGGGGCAAGACCUCAACACGCUGCAGACGGAGCAGGGACGCCUCAUACAGCUGCUGUCAGACAGUCAGAUCAACGUGGUGAAGGUGGUGAACUCAGUGAGUGACGCUCUUAACGCCAUGCAGAAGGAGAACGUGGGGCUGAAGGCGCGCGUCAAGGCCGACCUGCAGAGGGCGCCGGUCAGAGGGGCCCGCUUCAAGGGCUGCGCCAACGGCUCGCGUCCGCGCGACUGCGGCGAUCUGUACGCCAGUGGUCAGAGGGAGGACGGCAUCUACUCGGUGUUCCCGCUUCACUACCCGGCGGGCUUCCAGGUCUACUGCGACAUGACCACGGACGGAGGCGGCUGGACGGUGAUCCAGCGCAGGGAGGACGGCGCGGUCAGCUUCUUCAGAGCGUGGGAGUCCUACCGGGAGGGAUUCGGCAAGAUCACCGGUGAACACUGGCUCGGGCUGAAGCAGAUCCAUGCCCUCUCCAUCCAGGGCAACUACGAGCUGCGCAUCGACUUGGAGGACUUUGAAAACAGCACCGCUUAUGCCCAGUAUGGAACCUUCGGAGUGGGCCUCUUCUCGGUGGACCCAGACGAUGACGGAUAUCCUUUGACCGUGGGCGACUACUCCGGCAACGCAGGUGACUCUCUGCUGAAGCACAACGGGAUGAAGUUCACCACCAAAGACCGGGACAACGACCACUCGGAGAACAACUGCGCCUCCUUCUACCACGGGGCCUGGUGGUACCGCAACUGCCACACCUCCAACCUCAACGGGCAGUACCUGCGCGGCCAGCACACCUCCUACGCCGACGGCAUCGAGUGGUCCUCCUGGACCGGCUGGCAGUACUCCCUCAAGUUCUCCGAGAUGAAAAUACGGCCCACCCGCGACCCCGAGAACAAAUGAGGAAGAACAAAAGGAGAAAGGAUAUAAAAUGUUUUUUCAGACAUUACACACCACUUCUUUCUGACAGCUAGGCGGAUUUACAUGUCUUGAUAUUGUUUGUUCACUAAAACGUACCUUUUAGUUUCCUCUGCUGUUUGCCACCUGAUGUCUCGCUCCCGUCUUUUUUGCUCCUCCGCCUCCUCCUCCUCCUCCAUCACUCAGCUACUACGUUGUCAUGCCGGCUGCCAUUAUCCUUAAAUGACAUGCAUCUGCAUCAUGCAUAUGUUUUUUUAUCGCUCGGUUCACAGAAAAAGCAGCAUACCAGAGCUCCGAAGCCCACGUUCGGCGCGCCGCUGCGGUCCA